GGUUAAAAUGAAAUUAAUCCCUUACUGACAUGGCAACUUUCCUAGCUACUCUAUCCAUAGACUAAAAUAACCUCUUUCUUGAUCCGUCAAGCUUUGUAUCACAAGGCAGCAAGAUGACGAACUCCAAAGGUUACCGCCGAGGAACCAGGGACCUGUUCGCCCGCAGGUUCCGCACACAUGGAACAAUCCCCCUUUCCACGUACAUGAAAGUGUACAAAAUCGGAGACAUCGUUGACAUUAGGGGCAAUGGUGCAGUCCAGAAGGGUAUGCCACACAAAGUGUACCACGGCAAGACAGGCCGCGUGUACAAUGUCACAGCGCACGCGCUCGGCGUGAUCGUCAACAAGCGGGUGCGCGGAAGGAUCAUCCCUAAGCGCAUCAACAUCCGCAUUGAGCACGUGAAACACUCCAAGUGCAGAGAGGAUUUCCUCAAGCGCGUCAAGGAAAAUGAGAGGCUGUUGAAGGAAGCCAAGGCCGCUGGCAAGGUCAUCAACCUGAAGAGACAGCCUGCUCCACCUAAGGCCGCCCACAUCGUCAGCGGACAGGAGAAACCAGUGUUAUUGGCGCCGAUCCCAUACGAAUUCGUAGCUUAAUGACAGGAAUAAACUAUUUUUAAGUA